AUGGAUAUCGACAAUGCUUUUCUACAUGGUGACCUUGAUGAACUUAUUUACAUGAAACUUCCCCAAGGUUAUGUUCACAAUGGGCAACUCCCUCCAAUUUCGGUGUGCAAACUUAACAAAAGCUUGUAUGGUCUUAAACAAGCUUCAAGACAAUGGUACUCCAAGCUUAACACCACCCUCUUACAACAUGGUUUCACUCAGUCUCCAUCCGAUCACUCUCUCUUCAUCAAAAGCAAAUCAGGUGUAUUCCUUGCCUUAUUAAUAUAUGUAGAUGACAUUCUCAUUACAAAUAAUAAUGACUCAGCUCUUGUUUCUUUCAAAAAAAUUUUAGAGAGCAAGUUUCAACUCAAGGACUUAGGUCCUCUUCGUUUUUUUCUUGGCUUAGAAAUUGGUAGGAAUAAAAAUGGCAUUUCUGUUUCCCAACGUCCUUUCACUUUACAAAUAUUGUCUGAUACAUGUUAUUUAGGUUCCAAGGCUUCCUCCACCCCCAUGGAACCAAAUCAUAAAUUAAGCAAGGAUAUUGGUGAACUAUUACCCGAUGCCACUUCUUAUAGAAGUCUCAUUGGCAAACUUUUAUAUCUUACUAUUAAAAGACUUGAUAUAUGCUUUGCUAUCAACAGAUUAAGUCAAUUCCUCUCUACACCAAGGCUUCCUCACCUACAUGCUACUCAAAAGGUUCUUCAAUACCUCAAAGCAACUCCAGGAAAAGGAUUAUUUUUCCACUCUCUACACCAACAAACUCUCAGUCAAUCCCUUCAACUCAAAGCCUUUGCUGUUGCUGAUUGGGGUAGCUGCAUUGACACUAGAAGGUCCAUCUCGGGUUACUGUGUAUUUCUUGGCAAUUCCUUAGUUUCAUGGAAAUCUAAGAAACAAAGUACAACCUCUAGUUCAUCUGCCAAAGCUGAGUACCAUGCAAUGACCAAUACCACUUUCAUGCCAUCUGACAAUGCUUUCGACAUGUACGCCUCUGCAGACGCUCCUCCGACUAGGAAGAAGUCGAGCAGACAACACACUGGGGAAGGUGGUGGAGAGCCCUCCCGAAAAAGGGCUCGACUAGAGGACCCUCCAACUCCUGCUCCUUCUAAAUCAACUACGCCUCCUCCUCCUCCUCGCACUGCUCCUUCCACCAACCAGGCAGAAAGAUCUUUGGCUGCAGAUUUAUUGAGCAAUGAUUAUAGCUCAAAAAAUUACAAGCUAUAUAGAUUGUCUAAGCACCAUCGCAGCCAGGAGGCCUUUGCCUAUCUUCCUCCAUUGAAACCCAGCUAG